AUGAAGGGACUUCAGAAUGGUAUUCCCAUCGCGAUGCUGGCUGCGAUGGCCAGCGCCCAAGGGCUCGGUGGACGCCCUAAAGUUGAUACAGGCAACGGUGUGGGAGUAGGCUUCAGUAACCAAUUCUCCCACGAGGUGAACAACUUCAACAAGGACGACCACUCCGCCGACGUACACACGGAGACCAAUAUUGUCAAGGCCCCGCCGCACCAUGACGGUGGUCCACAUGGUGGCCACGAUGGUCACGGACACGGGGAGGGAGCACACGGACACCAAAAGCGUAGCGGCAGGGGUGCUAUCGACACUGGUAACUCUGCGAGCUUCGACUUUAAGAAUAAGUUUGACUCCAAAGUGAACAACGCCAACAUCGAUGACCAUUCGCUCGAUGUUGAUGAGAACACCAAUAUUGUGACACCUCCACCUCAUCCUCAUGGACACGGCGGACACGGACCCGAGCAUAAACGCCGGGGCGAGGAUGAGCCACACGGAGGUCGAAAGAUCGACACUGGUAACGACAUAGACUUCACUUUCACGAACGAAUUCCACCAUGAGGUGAACAACUACAACGAGGACAACCACGGAGUUGAUGUGAGCAAGAACACCAAUAUUCAAGUCGCACCCCCUCACGGCGGUCCUCACGGGUCCCAUGAUGACCACGAUGGGCAAGAGGGCCACCACAAGCGUGCGUAUCGACCCGAUGCCGGCGCGGCUGAUGAGCCUGGUAAGGUAGAUACUGGGAACACGGCCAACACGGAAGUCUCGAACUCGGUUGACUCGAAGAGCAAUUCCGCCAAUAUCGAUGACCACUCUGUUAAGGUGCACUCUGACGUCAACGAAGUCGUUGGUGCACCCCCACAUGCUGAGCACCAUCAGGAUGGGCAUGAAGAGCCUGCCGAACAUCAUCAGGAGGAUCCUGCGAAGCCCGUUGAACAUCACCAGCAAGAACCUGCGAAGCCGGAGGAACACCCUCAGGAGGAGCAUAAGGAGCCUGUUCCUACGUGUACCACCUUGACUCGUGAAGUGGUGCACACCGUUGUCCGCACUCUGCAGGGCAACUCUGAGCCCACACACGCUCCCCAGCAUCAGGCGGAGGCUCCAACUCCUCAACCCGAGGGACCCAAGAAGCACGAAGAAUCCGGACAUGCCGACCCCAGCCAUGAAGCGCAGAACCCAAAGCCGACAGGCGCUGAUGGCUCUCACCAGCAAGAAUCUGGAAAUGAUGAACACAGUCCCAAAGAGAGCCCCAAGCCGACUGGCACUGACGGCUCUCACCAGCAAGAAUCCGGACAUGACCACGACCACGACCACGCGGUAGAGACUCCCAAGCCCACUAGUACUGAUGGCUCUCACCAGGAA